AGAGUUCAACAACAAGCUUCCAAGAUGCCAUCCAAAGGAAAAAGUGGUUCUGGAAAAGCGGGGAAAGGGGGAGCAGCCUCUGGGAGUGGCAGUGCUGACAAGAAGGCUCAAGGUCCCAAAGGUGGUGGCAAUGCAGUAAAGGUCAGACACAUUCUAUGUGAAAAACAUGGCAAAAUCAUGGAAGCCAUGGAAAAGUUAAAGUCUGGGAUGAGAUUCAAUGAAGUGGCCUCACAGUAUAGUGAAGAUAAAGCCAGGCAAGGGGGCGACUUGGGUUGGAUGACCAGAGGGUCCAUGGUGGGACCAUUUCAAGAAGCGGCAUUUGCCUUGCCUGUAAGUGGGAUGGAUAAGCCUGUGUUUACAGACCCACCGGUUAAGACAAAAUUUGGAUAUCAUAUUAUUAUGGUUGAAGGAAGAAAAUAAAAUCAUAUGAAAGACUGAAAAAAAA